GUCCCGGUUGGCAGAGAGCAGAGCGCCGACGCCGCCUGGGGAUGGUGGGCGGCCGAGAGAGGCUGUGGGGGCGGAGGGGCCUCCGGAGCCGCCUGGGGCACGGGGAAGACGAAACCGGGCAGCGAGUCCGCCCCCGACUGCCCUCCCGCGAGCCGGGCCACCGGCCCCCGCCGGCGCUGACUCAGCAACGCGAGGGAGGGAGUUUUGUCCCUCCACGGACCCCGUUUCUCUCGGACUCAGCCCUCGGCAGCUUCCCCGCCCGUUUUCUCUUUCCGGCGCUCGGCGCGCGAGAGGCAGGUCGGGACUCUUAGGCAGCGAUCCACGGAGCCACCCGGGCAGUCACCGAAGGACCCCGGGCACUACCGUUCCCCAGCCGGGCAGCGCGGACGCCAUGAACAGCGUGGGACUGAAUACGGAGAAGGUAUCGAGUCUGCUUCAGAAACUGAAUUCCGACCCUCAGUUCGUACUCGCCCAGAAUGUCGGGACCACCCACGACCUGCUGGACAUCUGUCUGAAGAGGGCCACAGUACAGGGCAGUCAGCAUGUGUUCCAGCAUGUUGUACCUCAGGAAGGCAAGCCGGUCACCAACCAGAAGUUCUCAGGGCGAUGCUGGAUCUUUUCUUCUCUAAAUGUUAUGAGACUUCCAUUCAUGAAAAAAUUAAAUAUUGAAGAAUUUGAGUUUAGUCAAUCAUACCUCUUUUUCUGGGACAAGGUUGAACGCUGUUACUACUACUUAAAUGCUUUUGUGGACACAGCCCAGAAAAAGGAGCCUGAGGAUGGAAGGCUGGUGCAGUAUUUGCUUUCAAAUCCUGCAAAUGAUGGGGGACAAUGGGAUAUGCUUGUCAAUAUUGUUGAAAAAUAUGGUGUUCUUCCUAAGAAGUGCUUCCCUGAAUCUCAUACAACAGAGGCGACCAGAAGGAUGAAUGAUAUUCUGAAUCACAAGUUGAGAGAAUUCUGUAUACGCCUGCGGAACCUGGUCCACAGUGGAGCGACCAAAGGAGAAAUCUCAGACGUGCAGGAUGUCAUGAUGGAGGAGAUAUUCCGAGUGGUGUGCAUCUGUUUGGGUAACCCACCGGAGACGUUCACCUGGGAGUAUCGAGACAAAGAUAAAAAUUAUCACAAGAUUGGCCCCAUAACUCCCUUGGAGUUUUACCGGGACCACGUCAAGCCUCUCUUCAAUAUGGAGGAUAAGAUUUGUUUCGUGAAUGACCCUCGGCCCCAGCACAAGUACAACAAACUCUACACGGUGGAAUACCUAGGCAAUAUGGUUGGAGGGAGAAAAACUCUCUAUAACAACCAACCCGUUGACUUCUUGAAGAAGAUGGUGGCUACCUCCAUCAAAGAUGGAGAGGCCGUAUGGUUUGGCUGUGAUAUUGGAAAACACUUCAAUGGCAAGCUGGGCCUCAGUGACAUGAAUGUCUAUGACUAUGAGUUAGUGUUUGGUAUCUCCAUGAAGAACAUGAAUAAAGCAGAGAGGCUGACUUUUGGUGAUUCACUCAUGACCCACGCCAUGGUCUUCACUGCAGUCUCAGAGAAGGAUGAUCAGGAUGGCGCAUUCGUGAAAUGGAGAGUGGAGAAUUCGUGGGGUGAAGACCAUGGCCAAAAAGGUUACCUGUGCAUAACCGAUGAGUGGUUCUCUGAAUAUGUCUACGAAGUGGUGGUGGACAAGAAGCAUGUUCCCGAAGAGGUGCUAGCUGUGUUGGAGCAGGAAGCCAUUGUCCUGCCAGCCUGGGACCCCAUGGGGGCUUUGGCCAAGUGAUAGCCUCCAGUUCUUUCCUCCUCCUGUGGAACCUGAAGUCGCUGCAAAGGACAGAUCCAGGAACUGAAGCCAAAGUUACACAUGCGACUGUGUGUUCCCAUAGGACACAGUCAGACUCUUGGAUUUCUCCUCCAGGAACCUCUCGGGGAAGUGUGCUUUAUGUCAAAACAAAAUAUUCUUAAAGAAAAUAAAAGGGAAAGAUCAGGUCACAUUAUCUAUUCUCCUCACCUCCAACAGCUCAGGAUCUCUUAGCGUUUUAAUCAGAUAUAAUUGUGUGUCUCAACUCUGUCAAAAAGGUGUGGUCCGGUGUCUCUUUUAAUAAGACAGGAGGGGAUGAGCAAUCGAGGAGUAUGGAAAGAAAACGGACCUAAUGCUCCUUGUUCCUAGAGUAGCGUUGGGGGAGGGUCACCCUAAGAUUCGAGCUCUCCAAGCUGCAUGCUGCCUGACAGUCCGCUGCCCUUCCGGAUGGCAGUCGCUGAAUUCGGUUUUUCCCAGGUGAGUUCAUGUGCCUCUCACAGCCCAGGAGUGGGAGGUUGAUCAGUUCCAACCUGAUUUCUUCCUGUCGUUCUGAAUUGGCGGGGAGCACAGCUGUGCUUGAGUUGGGGUUAAGUAGACACUUAGAGAAACUUGAGUGAGAGGACAGCGAAAACCUUAUCAUGAUCUGAAUUAUAAUUAUUAGGAGACGCUCUGGCCAAAUGGUUUAAUUUCUGCCUCUGGAAUUGGGAGUUGGGUGGGCAGGAAAAAGUGAUACCCAUUCUUUCUGACAACUAGAUGGUGCUGAGAAGCUUUUAAAUAAAACACUUUGCUAAAUGAGAGUAAGUUGGCUUAUUUGAUCUAAGAAGUGUUUCUGUAUUUAGCCACAAAAGAAGGCAACCAGGUGACUCACGUUCUGCAAAGUGAAAAAAGAGCCAGGUGGUUCAGGGCUCUCCCGCUUCGGCUCGUCUCUGGGGUGGGACCCUUCCCAGCCUGGACUGGUGCUCACUGGCUUCCAUGCACAUAGUUCAGAGUGCUUGUGUCCCUCCAGUUAGCCAUUUUUUAAUCCUCACCCGAGGAUAUGUUUGCUUGUUUUUUGUUUGUUCGAAUUGAUUUUAGAGAGAGGGAGAGAGAGAGGAAAAAAAAACCAUCAAUAUGGUGCGUCCCUUAGGCGGCCCAACUGGGAAUCGAGUCUGCAGCUUUUUGGUGUAGAGGACAACACUCCAACCCACGGAGCCACCCGGCCAGACAACCACUGCACCCAGAUCCGGGUCCCUACAAGGGUGGAAGGGGUCAGCCUCAGAAUGUGCUGGAGAUUAUGUAUUUUACUGAGACUGGGCCUUCUUUUGCUGAAAGCCAGUAAGUGUAGCCCCCUAAUAAAUACUUCCAUUGGUGCCUGAGCCCCAUACCUUUCUGACUGUCCAGGAAUCUUCUCAGUCCUAGCAGGGGUGUAGUCUAACAGCACUUUCCUAGAUAACAUUAGAUAAAGGCUCCGGCUUUCAUCAAAGUGUUACAGAACUCUGGUAAUCCUGCCCCAAGCAGGAGAAGCAAGUCAAUUUCUAGACACAUCAUGGCAAAACCUUAGAACACAUCUUAGAAGCAUCCAGGAAGAAAAGACAGAUUACCCCCAAAGAAAAGACAAUUAAAUUGAUAACUAAGUUCCCGACAACUGUAUUAGCCAGAAGACAAUGAAAUAUAUCUUUUAAGUGCUAUGAAAAGUUAACUGGGAACCUACACACCUAUACUCAAUGAAACUGUCAAGAACAAGGAUGAAAUAAAAGAUAUUUUUAUUCAAAAA